GCCCCGCCUCCUGUGCAAAACAUCACUGGUACCCGGAAAUUAACAAUCCCGUGAUGUCAGGGGAAUGCUAGCAUAGCAUCGGAAUGACUGCAGUGCCUUUCUCGGUGUGGACUUUAAACUUUUUCCGUGUUUACCGUGAGUGGAUACAUUAACUCCGGAGCCGUUGACGAGAGUGGGUUCACCGCGGGAGAGGGAUGAAUCCUCCCUCUGGACCCAGCGAGAUGCCUCUCGGAUAGACAGAAAGCCUCCCCGGAGCCCAGGUCAGAUUAAUGUCCCGCACGAGUUAGCUGGCUUCUUAACACGCAGCGACGUUAAUCUCUCCUGUGGAGAAAAAAAACCCUAAAAGCUGAAAAUGUCGCGGUUCGUGUUGGAGGAAGUGUCAUCUUUCAAGGACUUCACUGGCAGUGAGGCUCUGGCAGACAUGCUGAGUCUGUCCAACAGCGAGCAUAACGGUCUGUCAAACGUCCGCGUGAGCCCCGAUUCACGUCACAUCCACAUCAUCCUCCAAAAACCUGAGGUCGGUCUUGUGACUUUUGACAAGUUCGAAAGACCCCUGCCUGUCCAGAACCAGAAGAAACUGGAUCUGUGGCUGACCCGGACCGCCCCCAUAGUGGAUGUUGUUUAUCUGGAUCACAAAAACAGCAGCAGGAUCAGAGGCGCAGCUGUGGCUGCUGUGGUUUAUGAGAACGGGAAAGCCGAGUUUUGGAGGUUCCAGGACUGCAAGGUUGGAUGGCAUCUCCUCCAGACAUCCGAUCUGUGCAACAGCCCCCAAGCCAAAGUGGUGUCUGUCUGUGCCUCCUCCCAUCUCCUCAUCUGGUGUGAGGAGAGGCCACCUUCUGAAAGCUCCUCCGCAUCCCCGCCGCUGAGGAAUAACCUGCGCUUCUGUGUGUGCAGACGGGACUAUGAGGUGGAGGAGGGCGCCGUCAUCUUGGGCGGAGUGAAAAUCACCCUCCACAGCAGUCCUAAGUUUGCUGUACUUUGCUCUGGCGAGUGUGUGCAUCUUCUUCCUGACGUGGAGGCGAAAACGCAGUCGAGCAUCUCUAAAUUCUUGUUUACCUGGUCGCCUCACCGUGACACUUUUACGGUGAACACCACGUGCAAUAACACCCCCGUUAAACUGGUUUCAGCCAGAGAGUCGGACUUUAAAAGGCUGGUGACUGAUUGUGUGGGGUAUUUAUCAAUUCUGGAGCCACCGGAGAUUCAGAGCUUCGCCCCCACAGGCUGUGGAGGCCUGCUCCUGCUGCUCAGCACAGGCUGGAUCUGCCUCCUGCAGAAAGACGGGAUUCUGCGCCGGGUCUACAAACUCGCCGAGAACUGCUUCAUCCAACACCGAGGUCCCACCAGCCUGUGCAUAUUCAAGGACACUCUGGCACUUAUAAUAGAAGAAAAACUCUACCUGAUAGACCUAAACUGUGGCAGAGAGUUGGAAAAGAUUGUGUUGAAAAAAACAGGGUUGUUAUACGUAAACCAGGACGUCAGACAAACCCCACAUUUGCUGUCAGAAAGUGGCCUGUUCAUGGCAGUAAACAAGGAAACGGAGUGUAAAGACUGCAGCUCAAAGAGGAAGCUCUCCGGUUCCAGUGCGGUGAAUCGAGCUCACUCUGGAGCCCUCCUGGUGGAGGCUGUGUUUGAGGAAGCCUGCAAAUACUACCAGCAGAGGAGCCUGAGCAGCACCCAGCUCACCGUGGAGGCGCUGAAGAAAGGGGGCCGGUUCCAGGCUCCCAUUUCUUUAGCCUCCAUCCUCAGGAACUAUCUCAGCAGCACAAGUGUUAAGAGGAGCGGCGCAGAGCUGUCACAGAACGGAUGGGGGGAGUGUGUCGCCGGGCAGGACAAACUGAUGUGCUCCCUGGAAAGUGAGCUCAGGGCUUUGGUGUCCCUAGAGGAGGUGAAAGGCUGUUUAGUGAAGGGAGGCGCUAAAGAGGUGGAGAGUAUGUGCUACACUCUGGUGGAGAAAGAGGUAGCGAGACUUCUGUCAAUCUCCGACUUGGAUAAAGAUUCUCUGAGCUACCUGAACUCCGUCUUCAGCAUCUUCCCCUGUCAGGCCUGGAAGGCUGUACAGGUUGCACUACAGCUGCACUACAACGGCGAAGGAUCUCUGUCCAGCAAAGCUCCUCCUGACAUGUGGAAGUGCGUCCUCAGUCCUGCUCUGCACUCCGGCUCCACAUCCUCCCUCCUGCUCUCUAACGGCCAGUCGAAGCACAGCCUGAGAGGAGACCAAAACUGCAAAGCCAGAGCGGGAGCGUCCUCCUCCCCAGCUGUCCUCCCAGUGUUUGAGCUCCUCUGUCAGUCAGUUUUACAUUUCCAACCCAGCUGGCUGCCCAAAUUCCUCCAGCUGGCCCAGCAGCAGCAGGGCUCGGCAGGACUGGGUUUGCCUCUGGCUUCCUCCUCCUGGAGCUUCUCUGGAGGAAGAGGAAGGGAGGCUGGGGAGAACCACGUACCUCUCUACAAACGGGCGCUUUGUAUCUUGUCCAGCUCCAGCCCAGACAGAAACCAGCACCAGGAUAUAGAGGUGGAGCUGCUGCUGGUCAGUGGGCGCCCCAACGCGGUCCUCCAGGCACUGAGGAUCCUCAUGGGCAAGCAGCAGUGGGAGAAGGUCAUGCAGGUGGCCCAGGAGUUCUGCAAACAGGGCCCGCUCCUCAACAAGGAGAUUUUCACUACUUUGCUCUGUGAGGUGGCUCACCACAGAGAUCUGGAUUCCUACCUGGACCUGCUGUGGGCUUUGUGCCCCGAGGACUUCACAGUCACCACAAUCCUCAACCUGGUCCUCCAAAACCUCCCGUCUCCUAACUCUCCCGCCAUCCCUUCUUCAUUCUACACAUCCUGUCCUCCGUCUUCUCCUCCGUUCGUGGACUCCGGCAGCAGCCAGCUGACCAUCGGGCUGCUGAAGCCUCUGUUGAGGAAAGUGCUUCAGAGGGAAACCAAGCCCAGCCAGCGCUACGCCGACAUCCUGCAGUCACCGUCGUACCCCCCUCCCGCUCUUCCUCGCCACCCCACGGAUCAGUCUAGGGAUCCCAGCGUCCCCACGACCCCUCCUGCAGAAACACAUGCAGCAGAGUCCACGCACACGGACCUCCAAAGAAGCAGGGGGGCACUUCCGGCUAACCCUGUCGGAUCUGCAUAAACGAAUGCAGUUUAAUUUACUGACACUUUGGGUUUUUAAACUACUAAGAACUACAAAAAAAAAAACUACUGAAUAUCCUCUCAGUGUAAAUACUGCAGGUCAUUUUAAGACUAAAUAUAUGUGUAUAAGAGCUAUCUGUAUUAUUUAUGUGUCAAGCCUUAACUUCUAGCUUUAACUCCUAUCAGACUUCAUAAUUAUAGGUAAAUAUUUAUGUAUUAUUAAAACAUAAUUAUUCUGCACUAAUUGCAUCAGUGAAUGUGAUACAAAGUUCUAAGCUUUCUGUGCUUUUCUGCACAAACAUUGAAAAAUCCCUGCUUGAAGUGACUUUGAUGUGUGUGAAAACAGAGACUAAAACAAAAGGAGAUUGAGUCCUUUCACUCGUAGUCAUGCUGAAUUGAUUGAAUUGAGAUAAACCGGUUUGGAGUGAAGGUUGGUUUGGGGUGUGGGGUCAAUGUUCCCUUCCAGCUUUCAGUUUUGAAUUCAGAGCGCUCAAACAUUAACCUGCUCCGGAGUGGCUCGGGAACCCCGGCGGGAGAUCUGCCUCCUUGUUUUUCCCUCGUCUGCCGUCUUCUCAUGGGACAUUCCAAAGUACCCGGGCUAAGUGGCUCACAGUUGGCCUUUAAAUUCAAUUUUAGUAGUAAUCUGGUUAGAACCGGAGUGUGCUCCCCCCUGCCUUAAUAAGAUUGCACGUCUUCUUUCAUGAUUUCAGAAAUGAUUGCCUUUUUUUAGUAUUAUUAGUCUUAUAUUGCUUUUUUCAGUAUUGUUUAAAUGUUUUAAAGCUGUUUUUUGUUCCGGAUGAGACAUUCUUUUUCAGUGCUGUGAUCAAAGGUGCCUAAAACUGCCUCUUAAAUCUUCAAAAUGCCAUGUUUGAAUGUAUUUUUUAGCUCUUUUUAGGCAAAAAGUGUGCCUUUUCUACCUAAAUGUGGAGCCAUAUGCAACAAAAGCCUUAUUUAUUUUGUGCCAGGACUUCUAAUAUGACAUUAGUGUUUGAUCUCGCAGAAAAGUGACAAUCUGACUCCAAAAUACUGCAAAGUCCACAGUGCUGCGUUUUUCAUUUACAAGCUGGUGUCAGGUUUCUGCAGCUCUUCAUCGCUUUGCUCUUAUUUCACAGAAAGAGGUGGAUCUGAGGGUUUUCUCCCUGUGUUGAAUGAUAAAAAUCUUUUAGUUCUUGGAAGUGUUGCGGCUACUAAAGCUUUUUUUUUUUUAAUUUUGUGGUCAAAGGCCUUCGACUGACAAGAAAGCCUCUCAUUUCUCCUGGUCAUUCCACGCUCCUCUCCGUCGACGAGCAUGACCAACCUGUUCAGCUGAUCCUUCACAGUGUGGAUCGCACAGAAACAGAUUCACUGGAAACUCCCUAACUUCCUCACAAAGGGCUCUCAUGUAAAAUUCAUGAGUUCAGAAGUUUCAAACAUUUUUUUUUGCCUUGAACUCUGUUUGAAAUGAAUGAAAAGGAUUUUUUUUCUUUCAUAUCUACAUAUGUUUUGAAAAAAGUAUGUAACAAGUAUUUAUGAGCAAAUGCUUUAUGCUAUUAAACUCUGUAUAAAACCUAA